AGAGCUGUGUCAUUUAUAAAAUAGUUUGUCAGACAUGAGUCAGUUGCUGGGUAGUCAGGACUGUAUCGAAAGCCUCCGAAAAGACCUGGUUGACCUUCAGGGAGCGAUUCUGGACGUGUUUUCUCGAACCGGACCGCUCCGCUUUUCUUCCUGGAAGUUCCCGGACAAGCACUCCUGUAAUCUAGACAUGGUAGCUCUGCUAGAGCAGUAUGACUUUGUGGAUGGGGAAGAUGCGUUCAAUCAGCACUCCCACAUUGUUUUACUGGAGUUGGUGGUUGACAGACUGCUGCUUCUUGUGCAAAGCUCCAGUGCUUACAUUGACCGACUGAGGGGCAGCCACAGGAGAGAACAAACGCCACAGAAAGGAUGCCUGUCAGUUGGUCUGGUAGUCACAAACUACUGGAGUAAUUUAGUUCAAUUUGCCACCAUAAAGGAGACUGAACUCAGUAAAAGGCAGAUGAAAAGAAACAGUGAUGAGACAAACACUGCAUCACCUGUCUCACCUCAAAUGAGCUCAAGGACCGACUUUUGCAGGCGUUGCUUGUCUGCUUGGUCUUCAACGAGCACAUUUGAAAUUUCCCCACAGAAUCUCGCAUCCUCCAGUCCCACCCACAGCAGUCCAUGCUCUCCCGUGGUUAGCAGUCAAAACAAAAGCUGCCAGACUGUCGAAUCAUUGCUCAUUCCAUGUGAUGCGUGUCAUCAAGUGCAAACUCUUUUGAGAAAGACAGGAGACGCUCUGGCAGACCUGCUUCAGAGCGAGGGCUUGCCCUCAUCUCUGCAGCCUCUCUUAGCAGCUGUGGAUGACUCUCUGGAGGUGGGACGCAUGACAGCAGGUGAUGUUUCCCAGUGGGCCAAUGAACAGCGCAGGGACACGCGCAGGCUGGAAAAACACCUUCAAGAUGUGCGCUGUACAGUGCAGCCUCUUAAAGACAGACUAGCAGCGGCAGAAGAGGAACAGAAAAGACUCAGGUCCCAGCUGGAAAGAGCACAAAAAGAGUUCAACCAAGAGAAGGAAAAGCUUCAAAUAAAUUCAGUCCAGCUUGAGUUUUCGCUGCAGAAAGCACAGAGAGUCAAUAAAGAAACAGAGAAAAGGCUACAUGAGGAGCAACAGCAACAUAAGAGGGACACUAUGUCCUUGGAAGAGAUGAAUUUCAAACUAAAGGAGGAAAUAGCAUUGCAGCAAAAUACCUUACAAGCACUUGAACAUGAAAAGAAAGGACUGCAGGAGAGUCUGAACACCUUACAAAUAGAGGAAGAGGCCUGUUCUAAACUGCAGCACAGGAUCCAGCAGUUAGAGAGUCAGAUCUCCGACACUCAGCUCCUUCUUGAUAAGGAGAAAGCCAAGUACCAGAGUGCCUGCCGUCAGCAAGAGUCAGUGCAGGCAAAGCAGAAGUCUUUGUUAGAGAGAGUCGACGCUCUCGACGAAGAGUGUGAAGAGCUACAGAGGCAGCUGGGGGAGAGAGAGGAGAGGCAGAUCGGCCUACAGAGUCAGCUGCAACAGAUGUCAGAGGAGAAGGAAGAACUGCGAGCUCAGCUCACUCAACAGCAGGACCUGUGUUCGAAGCUCCAAAAUGAGAAACAGACCCUACAAACACACACAGAUGAGCUAAAAAACUUCGUGGAUGAGUUGAAGGAAUAUGUGCAAGCUUUGAGAGAGAGGGAGAGGCUGUUGGUGGCUUUCCCAGAGCUCAGCCCACUGGCUCAACCACAGAGUACAGGAAAUGUGCUUCUGGAUAUGCAGCAGCAACUGCAAGCAAAUAGCAUUCGUAUAAAGGUUUUGGAGCAGGAAAAUUCCACCCUUCUUAGAAGUCUGGAGAAACUGGGAGAAAGAGCACAACAUAAUGCAAGCAGGGAAGCCUCCACUCAGCAGACAUGGACUGCUUCUCUGCCCAACACACCAACAGAAAAACAUCCAGCGCAGAGCAGUGAUACAGCGAGGCUGGGGUACGUUAACAGAGGAAAGGAAGCAGGAGGAGGAGAGAGAGGUGUGGAGUCAGAGGAUCGUGUGUCCGCCUCCCCCUCGUCCGUACAAAUCCACCUUCAAACACUCCACCUGAACACAGCGUCCACUGCUGCUAAAAGCCACGCAAAAGUACACAGCCCUUCUCAGCUUUCUCACUCCCGGGCCUGGAAUCAGAGGAAAAAAUGAAACAGUGGAGGUGUGAGCAGAAGCUGCUUUUGCAAGCAAUACACCUCUGUUAAGAAUUACUGGCAAAAACUACAAGUGCCCAAUUUUUUUUCUAAGUAAAUGCUGUUUUUUUGAGUUUGUGUGAUUACAUAUUGUCAUUAUGUACAGUUAUAGCAGUUAAUAUUACAGUUAAGAUGGAUUGCUCCAUAAUAAACACAUUAUUAAUAAAGACUGUUUUUUACCGCUGUUAAAAUAGGGCAGUUAUGGCCCCUGCAUAUUAGGUUUCAUGAAAUGUGAUAUGCUUUCUCAAACAAGCCUGGAUGUAUCUGAAUGGGCAGCCUUCCCUGCGGAUUGAUCACAUGGUUCUAAGUAAAUAGGUAAAGUACCUUGAACGUCACGGAGACAGAUGUCAGCGUCAUUGUUUGUGUGCUAGCUGACAAGGAUGAGGGAGUUUCCAUGGAAACGCAAGUGCUUGCUGGUUUCGCUGAAUCCCUUCUGACCUUCAGGUCAGUCCCUGCAGUGUAAAUUUUCAGUAAAAUUGAAUUGAAUAAACAAUCGUGUUAGUAUAAACACUGACCUUUUACCAGUUUUACCUGAAUGGACACAUGACCUGUCAUUUCAAUCACUUCACAGACAGCAUGUGACCUGAAGGUUAAUCCCUAAUUGGCUUAAUUAUAGCUGUGUAAUCAAGCAUACAAUUCAAGGUAAUUUUAAGCACUUUCAACCAGUGCCAUAGAUGUCACUGAAAAUCCUCUCUAAUGCUAUGCUUGACUAAACAUUUCAUUCGUAUGAAGGAAGAUAUUUCAUCAUUUUAAUGAGCAGUUUACCAUGAAUAAAUAUAAACUAUUGUUUAUUUAGCUAGUAUAUACAUAUGUAAAAAAAACAAAACAAAAACUUAAAUGUACCUCUAUGAUCUAAUGGAAAAUUUGUGCUUCACCUCAUUUAACCUCAGUGUACUGUUGGUGUGUAGCUGUGACUUUCUUGAAUAAAGAAUGAGUUUGUAGUUUUGAAAACAAA